UAUAAUCCCAAAAUCUGAAUCGGAUUUGGCUUUUUGAGGAUCCCAUCAUGUUCUAUCCACUGACCCAAAUCCUAAUCUCCGUUAUGUUUCGAUAUAUAAAUAGCAAAUUAAGCUGAGCACUCUCUCCAUGCAUGUUGUUCUUCACUCUACGUGCAUAACCCCUUUGAACUCUUUGUUCCCUCAUUACCUCUUCAAUCAUCCCAAUAUUUAUAAUUAUGGAAAAUACCAUCCCUAAACAAGCCUUAAUGAUGCUCUUAAUCGUGUUUUCAGCCCACGUUUCGGCAUCUCAGGCUCGAGUGCUUCGUGGAGAUCACGUGAGAAUCACGAGUGGAAUCGAUAGUCGGGUUCUUCUGCGUGAACUAGGGUUUGAUCUCUCUAAGCUCAGAGGUCAUGAAGGAAGAGUGCUGGUAGAUUCCGACAGGGUUUCUCCCGGAGGACCCGACCCUCAGCACCAUUGAUGGGACUCUUAUCCACUCU